CUUGGGCACAACGGCCCCGGAAGCCGGAAGCCGCAGCUCCAACAACAACAACAACAACAGUCCGCUCCAAAUCCCGCAAACAUGGAGUAAAAAAACCCGAGAAAAGAGCCGCAGGACGCGCCGCGGGCAGGAUGGCGAGUCCGGGGAGGAGCGGGGACAUCAUCCAUCUGAACGUGGGCGGGAAGAGGUUCAGUACGUCCCGACAGACGCUCACGUGGGUCCCGGACUCCUUCUUCUCCAGUUUGUUGAGCGGUCGGAUCUCCACUCUGAAGGACGAGACCGGAGCCAUCUUCAUCGACAGAGACCCGUCGCUCUUCGCUCCGAUCCUGAACUUCCUUCGCUCCAAAGAGCUUCACCCGCGCUCCAUCCACGUCCAGCUGCUGCUGCACGAGGCCGAGUUCUACGGGAUCACGCCACUCGUGAGAAAACUGCAGUUAUGUGACGAGCUGGACCGGUCCUCCUGCGGGAACGUGCUGUUCAACGGAUACCUGCCCCCUCCUGUUUACCCUCUGAAGCGGCGAAACCGUCACAGCGUCGCCGGGUCUCAGUUCAUGUCGAGCAGAGCGCCCCCGGUGGAGAGGGCGGUGCGCCGCAGUAACACCAUGCCUCCAAACCUGGGGCAUUCUGGGAUUCUGAGUCCGCGAGGCCCAGAGGAACGCCCCGCCCCCUCGCAGUCACACGACCCCGGCCUCGUGCGCAUCAUCUGCGGACAUCACAACUGGAUCGCCGUGGCCUACGCGCAGUUCGUCGUCUGUUACAGAGUGAAGGAGUCGACGGGCUGGCAGACCGUGUUCACCUCGCCGCGUUUGGAUUGGCUGAUCGACCGCGUGGCCCUGAACGCCAAAGUGAUGGGCGGAGCUCUGGGCGAACACGACAAAAUGGUGGCCGUCGCUUCGGUCACGGAGAUCAUCCUUUGGUCCAUCUGCCCCGACGGAAACGGGAACGAGAUCGGCGUGUUUAGCCUGAAUGUUCCAGUGGAGGCGCUGUUCUUCAUCGGGAAUCAGCUGAUCGCCACCAGUCACACGGGGAAAGUGGGAGUGUGGAACGCCGUCACCAAGCACUGGCAGAACCAGGAUGUGGUCCCCAUCAGCUCGUACGACACGGCCGGCUCCCUGCUCAUCCUCGGCUGCAACAACGGCUCCAUCUACUACAUCGAUGUGCAGAAGUUUCCUCUGAGGAUGAAGGACAACGACCUCCUGGUGACGGAGCUUUACAGAGACCCAACAGAGGACGCCAUCACCGCCCUGAGCGUGUACCUAACCCCCAAGACAAGCGACAGCGGGAACUGGAUCGAGAUCGCGUACGGGACGAGUUCUGGGACGGUCCGGGUCAUCGUGCAGCACCCGGAGACCGUGGGAUCUGGACCUCAACUCUUCCAGACCUUCAGUGUUCACCGCAGCCCAGUCACCAAGAUCAUGCUCUCUGAGAAGCACCUCAUAUCAGUGUGUGCAGAUAAUAAUCAUGUUCGGACGUGGACGGUGACGCGCUUCAGGGGGAUGAUCUCCACUCAGCCCGGCUCCACCCCCCUCACCUCCUUCAAGAUCCUGAGUCUGGACGAAGGCGAGGGGCAGGGGGGCUGCAGCGCCGGCACCGACAUCGGUCCGUAUGGGGAGAGGGAUGAUCAGCAGGUUUUCAUUCAGAGGGUCGUCCCAGACACAGAGAAACUCUACGUCCGUCUGUCGUCCAAUGGGAAGAGGGUGUGUGAGGUUCGCUCGGUGGACAGCACGUCCAUCACCUGCUUCACGGUCCACGAGUGUGAAGGCUCCAGUCGGAUCGGCUCCAGGCCCAGGAGGUACCUCUUCUCCGGACACAGCAACGGAUCCAUCCAGAUGUGGGACCUGACCACGGCCAUGGACAUCGCCGGGAAGGUGGACAUCAGAGCUCUGGGGGGUCCCACAGAGGAGGAGCUGCUGGAGCUGCUGGACCAGUGUGACCUGGCUCUGACCCGAACUCCAGACAGUACACCCCGAGCCUCCACCUGCAGCCUCCAGUCUCCGUUCUGUGACUUCAGACCGGAGCGGCCGCACUCCAGAGGGGGAGGAGCCACAGGGGGCGUGUCCUCGGUGGGCUCGUCCUGCUCUCUGAUUGGCUCUUUUCCUCGUCACGCUCCGUCCACCGUGCCUCAGUCCAGACCCAGUCCCAGACCCAGUCCCAGACCCAGUCCCAGACCUAGUCCCAGACCGCUGCGGUUCGUGGAGCGCUGUCAGGAGCUCGCCAAGGAGGGGGCGGGGCCAGAGUCAGGGAGGCGGAGCUUGGCGCUCUGCAGCGAAUCAGAGGCCAGAUUCGGUCUGAGGACGCCGCCCGCUUCCUUCCCUCAGCCGUCGCCCGGGAGCCGCCUCCCCACGGCGCCGGCGUCAGCGUCGUCGUCGAUGACAUCACCGCCGCACCGCAGAGCCACACCCACCUCCCCCACGGGCCACGCCCCCUCACCUGCUGCUGCCGCGGCAACGCCACACAACCCCGAAAACCCCGCCCCCACCACCAGCCCCAAGCCCCCCCUCAACGAGACCAGCUUCUGAACCGGGACUAAACCGGGACUAGACCGGGACUAAACCGGGACUGGACCGGGACUAAACCGGGACUAAACCAGGACUGAACCGGGACUAAACUAGGACUGGACCAGGACUAAAUCAGAACUAAACCAGGACUGAACCAGGACUGGACCAGGACUAAAUCAGAACUAAACCAGGACUGAACCAGGACUGAACCAGGACUGGACCAGGACUAAAUCAGAACUAAACCAGGACUAAACCAGGACUGGACCGGGACUAAACCGGGACUGGACCAGGACUAAACCAGGACUAAACCAGGACUGGACCAGGACUAAACUAGGACUGGACCAGGACUAAAUCAGAACUAAACCAGGACUGAAUCAGGACUGGACCGGGACUAAACCGGGACUAAACCAGGACUGAACCAGGACUAAACCAGGACUGGACCAGGACUAAAUCAGAACUAAACCAGGACUGAACCGGGACUGGACCCGGGGACUGGACCGGGACUGGACCAGGACUAAAUCAGAACUAAACCGGGACUAAACCGGGACUGGACCAGGACUAAACCAGGACUGGACCAGGACUAAACUAGGACUGGACCAGGACUAAAUCAGAACUAAACCAGGACUAAACCAGGACUGGACCAGGACUAAAUCAGAACUAAACCAGGACUGAACCAGGACUGGACCAGGACUAAAUCAGAACUAAACCAGGACUGAACCGGGACUGGACCAGGACUAAAUCAGAACUAAACCGGGACUAAACCGGGACUGGACCAGGACUAAACCAGGACUGGACCAGGACUAAACUAGGACUGGACCAGGACUAAAUCAGAACUAAACCAUUACUGAACCGGGACUGGACCGGGACUGGACCGGGAAUGGACCAGGACUAAAUCAGAACUAAACCGGGACUAAACUAGGACUGAACCAGGACUGAACCAAGACUAAACUAGGACUGAACCAGGACUGAACCAGGACUGGACCAAGUCUAAACCAGGUCUGGACCAGAACUAAACCAGAACUGAAAACAGGAUUAAAUCAGGACUAAACCGGGUCUAAAUCGGGUCCUUGUCUUCCGUCGGUUCUCUUCUCUUCGGGACGUUUCCGUUUGUUUUGCACAGCUCUGAAGGUAGAAGCCAAAAUGUACUCGAGUAAGAGUACCGUUACUUCAGAAUAAUAGAAGUACAAAGCAGUGGGCCAAGGAAUGACUCGAGUAAAAAGAGUAAAAGUAUUUGGGAAAACCACUCGUCAAGAAAGAGUAAGUGAAAGUGUGAAGGACAAACCUCACAGUGCGACGAGGCACAACUUUGACUAAAAUAAAAAUUACACUGUACUAGAAUUACUCGAGUAGGAGUAAAAGUAGGUGGUCUGAAGUAUUUUUAUUUAAAAGUUACUCGAGUAAAAUGUACCACUUCUGUUCUCUGCUGUUUCUUCUCUGGGUCAGGACCAAAGUCGAACCUUUAAAAAAAAUCUGAGUUUGAUACAACGGCCUCCUCAAACCAGAACUAAACCAGAACUGAACCAGGACUGAACCAGGACUGAACCAGGACUAAACCAGGACUAAACCAGGACUAAA